AUGGAUCUUCAGACCCAACUAGAGAACAUGACUGAGAAGAACUGGAGCAAAGAGAAGAUGGAACUGUUGGAACGUUUUGACAGUGAAAGGAAAGAAUGGGAAUGCCAGUGGAAGGUCAUGCAGAAGAAAAUAGAAGAGCUUUACCAGGAGGUAAAAUUAAGGCGUGAAAGCAAUACGAGUAUCUCUGAGAAUAAGCCCAUUCAUCACAAAGCAGAGCAACAGUCUUGCUCCCCCAUCUUAGAAUGGAGUGACCCACCAGGAUUGUACAGCUGUUCGCCAGAUAAAGAGAGUUUGCAAAGCAAAGCUGAAAAGGAAAGCAAGUGUGUGAAAAACAAAAGGAGAAACCAUGUUUUUGCAAAAGAUCAUCUCACUUUUGAAAAUGCUAAGGAGUCCGAAGACUGUGUAGACUUGAAAACCACCAAGAAUUACACUCAGGAUCUCAAUAUUGCUCUUAAAGAACUUGCCAAAGUAAGUGAAGACUUGUGUACCUACCAAGAAGAAAUCCGUAAGAAAGCCAACCAUCGAAGGAAGAAAAUGUUUCCUUUCCUUGGAGAAUCCAUUGAAAGUGGGAAUGCACUGAUUCCUCAAGAGACAAGCCAUGCAUAUCGUAAGAGCCCACAAGCGGCUUCAGCUGCCUCUGAGAUGGAAAAGCAAAAUAACAGAAAGAAUCUGAUUAGCACCAACAGGCAUUUGAAGGAAAUGCCAUCAACUGCUUUUUCGGGGGUUGAGGAAACCAGCUUUUUGCCUUGGCAAAGACAAGAAGGGCCUCCUGUUCCCCCCAGAAGCACCUCUCGGCAUUUGACGAACUCUCUUGCAGAUGUUUCUGAAGCGUUAGCUAAGCAUGCUGAGCAAAGAAAUAGCUGCAAAACACAGGAACAUCCAGAUGGAAGUCCAUUAAUUUAUCCAGCUGCUCCACUGACAAUGUCCGAUGAAUGGAAAUCUCUUAGUGGGCCUGCAGAAAAUCAGGAUCAGUACAAUGACCAUAAACUUCCAGCAGCAAUUCUUCACACUGUGUGGUCAUGUGAUGCAAGCAAAAUUGUAAAUGGACCAGAAAAUGGCUCUUCUAGACAGGCUCUCCAGAAGUGCUCUUCUGAUGGAUAUAUGGUGACCCCAAAACAGCAUCCCAAAUUUCAAAGUAAUCUUUAUGCUGAGGCAUGUGAUACACUGGAAGAUUCUGGAUAUGAAACUGGAAAGACUCAACGCAAUGAAACACUGGAAGCUAAAAUUGAUGAGUUCAACCGGACUGUAUUUCAUACAGAUAAAGGUAAAAAAUGUCUGCUGCAGAACCAAACAGAGCUGCUUGGUGUUCCUAAAGCCCAUUGUGGACUGCAGGACAGUCUGAACAAUGGGACACAAAAUGAAGAGUCGACCUGUGUUUUGAAUUCCAAGCUGUCUUCAAAGAAGGAAGAAAAAGCAAACAGGCCCAGUAAAGAUGUCAAAACAAAACGACAACAAAAGCAAAUAAAUGGAGUUUUAAGUGGCUACCAGCACAUGCUUCAUGAACAUGACUGGAAGCCAAGUAAUUUGUCUGGUCGUCCACGAUCAGCUGAUUCAAGGUCCAAUUAUGGUGUUGUUGAAAAGUUGCUGAAAAACUAUGAAAAACAAGUGCAAUCUGAGACUGAAUUUACUGAGAGCAGCUGCAAAAAAAUGGGUCAUUAUCCAGUAAUCCAGACAGUGCAAGGAAAGCAGGAGCAGCAGAAGAAUUCAGUGAGACACCUUGGACUAUACACCAAGCAUGGAAAAGAGAAGCAGAAAUUUCCUGAGGUAUGCUUUGAACAUGACAUUAGUCUACUUUUAACUUCUUUAAACUGCACAUGUUAUUCUUCAAGAAUUCUGAAACAUAUCACUGAGGUUGUUAAUACUGGACUUCAGUACCUAAAUCUGAAUUCCAGUCAUGAAGGUUGGUGCAGGACCUAUGGGGGCUGA